UAUCAUCAAAAUCCAACAACUCAGAAUUUCAAAAUGUGUCCAUCCAUCUUGCAUUCCAAGCACAAUAUUUAUGUAAAAGUUUCCCUAACACUUUAUUUAUGAUAAUUCGUUUAUUUUUUUCCCUAAUAUUUGGAUAAUACGAGCGUUCAGAAAAAUAAAAAUAAAAAAGAUAUUGAAGGAAGAAAACCGGAGGCCAAGACAAAUAAUGCCCCUCUUCUCUUUCUAUACCAUCUCUGAUCUCUCUCUCUCUCUCUUAAAUUAUCUCUUCCUUCUACUGAGAGAAAGUUCAUAGUUUAAUUCCACCAAAUAUCCCCUUCUCUCUCUCCCUCUCGCUCCGCCGUCGGUCCUCUCGAUCGGCACCGUUACUCGUCGUGUUGCUCCCGGUUGUUUCCUCCAAGAAAAAUGAACGGGAAGGAUUUCCGAUUGGCUUUACUGGGUCAGGAUUUCGUUUGAUUUUCAAUCCUUUUCUCCGCGAGAAAUUCCGUCGUUCGCGCGAGCGGAAAAAGCACAGAGCUUUAGGGUUGUUGGGGGUAGGAAAUCAUCAUGGAGCCUCGCGUUGGUAAUAAGUUUCGUCUCGGUCGAAAGAUCGGCAGCGGAUCGUUUGGAGAGAUCUAUCUCGGUACUAAUGUUCAAACAAACGAGGAGGUUGGAAUUAAGCUCGAAAAUGUGAAGACAAAGCAUCCUCAGUUGCUUUAUGAAUCGAAGUUGUACAAAAUACUUCAAGGAGGAACUGGAAUUCCGAAUGUCAAAUGGUUUGGAGUGGAAGGAGAGUACAAUGUUCUUGUGAUGGAUUUGCUGGGACCGAGUCUGGAAGAUCUAUUCAACUUUUGCAGUAGGAAAAUGUCUCUCAAGACUGUUCUCAUGCUUGCGGACCAAAUGAUUAAUCGAGUUGAAUUUGUCCACUCCAAAUCGUUCCUACAUCGAGAUAUCAAACCUGAUAACUUUCUAAUGGGUUUGGGGAGGCGUGCCAAUCAGGUCUACGUUAUCGACUUUGGGCUAGCUAAGAAGUAUCGGGACACUUCCACUCAUCAACACAUUCCUUACAGGGAGAACAAGAAUUUGACAGGAACUGCAAGAUAUGCAAGCAUGAAUACUCAUCUUGGGAUUGAACAAAGCCGCCGGGAUGAUCUGGAAUCGCUCGGAUAUGUUCUUAUGUACUUCCUCAGAGGAAGUCUUCCUUGGCAGGGACUACGUGCUGGAACUAAAAAGCAGAAGUAUGAGAAGAUUAGUGAAAAAAAGGUGUCAACUUCUAUUGAGGCUCUAUGUCGAGGUUACCCUACUGAAUUUGCAUCCUAUUUUCAUUAUUGCCGGUCAUUGCGUUUCGAUGACAAGCCUGAUUAUGCAUACCUGAAAAGGCUAUUCCGUGAUCUUUUCAUUCGCGAAGGUUUCCAGUUUGAUUAUGUUUUUGACUGGACUAUAUUGAAAUAUCAGCAGUCACAGAUUGCUAAUCCUCCUGCUCGUGCUGUUGGUCCCACUGCUGGACCAAGUGCGGGAAUGCCACCUAUUGGUACUAAUGCUGGUAGACAAGGUGGGAGUGGAGAAGAAAGUAAACCUGGUUGGUCUUCAAGCGAUCCUCGAAGGAGAACUUCAGGACCAAUUCUAAGUUCGGCAACUUUAUCCAAGCUAAAGAGCCCUCUCGGCAAUGAUGCAAAAGAUGCUCCGUUAUCUGGCUCAAACCAUAUGCGAACUAGCUCCUCUACUAGAAGACCUGCAAUAGCAAGUACUCAUGACUCCACUCAAGCUGUACCUUCCACAGCAAGAAACAGCAACUCGAACAGUAAGAACUUGGAAUCAGCUCUUAGAGGCAUUGAGAGCCUCCGGUUCAAUAUCGAUGAGAGCGUGAUUCAUUAGGCACAGAGAGAAAGCCUAUCUUAAUCCCGAGAAAAUGGUUUGCCCUUCACUGUAAAGUUGAGAUCUUUAUACUCUUGGUGAAUCGGACAUGGAAAUGUCGAAUUCCCAUGUUUGCGGUCGUUAUAUUAUCGUUGGGUUGCUGCAAACCUUGUGCAAACAAAUUAUGGUGCUAACUUUGUCCGUCUGUUUUUACUCGUCGAGUGGAUUCUAGGGGUCGAUGAUGAUGGAGCUCAUGAAUUCAUGUAUAGCAGUAAAUCUUUUCUAGAGCACCCAUUAUAGUUUUCAGAUCCAUAAAAUGCAAGCAAAAUAAAGAGCCAAGACUAUAUUGCUGCUGCUGAUGUACAUCCUCUGUACGUUUGAAUUGUACUCUACUGCUCAGGAGAUCACGACCUUCCUUUUCUCUAGAAUGUGGCUGAAUCUGACUUUUUGAUGAAUCAGAAUGUGGCUGAAGUGCUUCUUUCACAUCUUAGCGAGAACCCAAUUUGGUGUUAUUUGGUAUUAGCUUGAAAUUUCUUACUGUCUUCAUCUAAUUGCAUUGAUGGUCAUAGAUAUUUUGUAGUCUUCACAGAUUAGCCAUUGAGUCAAUUGAGAACUACAACAUGGUUAACUGAAUCGUUAUUCGUCCCUCUAAAAUUUAAAUUAUUUCGCCCUAAAUCGUGCUAAAUUGAUGUUUAUAUCCCUAUACCCAUUUUCAAUCACUAAUCCCUAACUCGGAUUGCCGCCGCUGUCGUUCCCCCAAAAAUGUCAGCCCCAAUCCAAAACGACAGUGUAAAAAGUCCAUAUUACCCGACUCGACCCACUUACCUCCCUAGCACUUACAGUAGCAGCCGCCGCCGUAGCAGCAAAGGAGAAGGAGUAAAGCAUUAGGGGUCGG